AUGGAGGCCGGCCGAAAGGCCAUCUCGUCUAUGGAGUUAUCUGCAUAUAAGGCCGCGAUGCCACUCUCCGCAUCCACUCUGUCGGACGGCGUCGCUGCUACUUCGAGUCCUUCUAUGAGCCUUCAUGAUGAUUUGGAAGAAGAAAUCGCUGCUGCUCGCAUUGAUAUGCGCAGCCACCACUGCGGCUCUGCCUUCUCCGCCUCCCCCAGACCAUCAUGGAGGAUGGUGUCCUGUGAAGCCCCAGUCGAACUGGCGCAAUGGCCCUCUUGA